AACGCUUGUGACUGUGUCGGCGGAGCUAGCCAGGCUUAGCAGUCAUAUCAACCAUUCACGACAUAUAAGCCUUAUUAGAACGCUGCAAAUACAGAAAAGGGGGUGAAAACAGAGAAGAGCACCCCCUACCAGGGAAAAAGAGUGAGGAAGUGAAGAGGGGAAGACAACGAAAAAGAACGGCUGAUACCUGGAGUUGGACACUGAACGUCUGUAUUUUCUCCAGCUUGUCUCUAUGGUUGUGUGAUUCCGGUGGUCAUAUGCAUGGGCUCUGGGGCAGAACUAAGGUAAUAGCAAAUUGUCCAGCACUCUACUCAUCCAACGACAGCAACACUUGAGCAGGCGACACACGGGUGAAAGCGGCAAACAUGAGCUCUUACUUUGUCAACCCGUUAUUUUCCAAGUACAAAGGCGCUGAGACGCUGGAGCCAACGUACUACGACUGCAGGUUCCCCCAGAGCGUCACCCGGAGCCAUGGGCUGGUGUAUGGAGCUGGAGCCGCGGCACCGGGCUUCCAACCCACACCCCAUCACGUCCAGGACUUCUUCCACCACGGCACGCCGGGGAUCUCUAACCCGGGAUACCAACAGAACCCCUGUGCCCUGGCGUGCCACGGAGAUGCCACGAAAUUUUACGGCUACGACGCUCUUCCGAGACAAUCACUUUAUGGCGCCCAACAAGAGGCGAGUGUGGCGCAAUACCCAGACUGUAAAUCGUCGAAUGGCACUAACCUCGGAGACGGACAAGGCCAUCUAAAUCAAAAUCCGUCGCCUGGUCUCAUGUUCCCUUGGAUGAGACCCCACGCUCCAGGAAGGCGAAGCGGGCGACAGACGUACAGCCGCUACCAAACACUGGAGCUGGAGAAGGAGUUCCUGUUCAACCCUUACCUCACACGCAAGCGACGCAUCGAGGUCUCCCACGCCCUGAGCCUCACAGAGCGACAGGUGAAGAUAUGGUUUCAAAACCGGCGCAUGAAAUGGAAAAAAGAAAACAACAAAGACAAAUUUCCCGGACAACGAGGGGAGGCCGAGGCCGAGGCUGAGGCCGAGGGAGAGGGUGAUGAGGACCCCAACGAGGAGGCAGAAGCAGAAGAAGCAGAGAAAAAGGAGACAAGAGAGGAGGAAGAGGAGACGAAAGAGUGAUUUUAUUGCCCCCCAUUUUUAUGGUUAUACGACUUAAAGUUGAAAGAUAGAGAAGAGAGGGAGGGGGAGAGGAGAGACGGGCUAGUGAGGGAAGAGAUCCCCUUUUACGACCACAGUUUUAUUGAGUCAACAAGUGCGGAAAUCCUUAAGAGAGGCAAUUGUGACACGGCUUCCUCUCCACGCAGUAAACCCCCAAAUGAGAGCAGGCAUCCAAUGACAAUUCAAGCUUUUAGUGAGCCCGCUCUGAUAAACAAAAAAGUGGUCCGUCUUUAUUUCCAGAAGUUUCAAUUGUAUGUUCAUCAACUGUGUCUCGACCAUAUCUACUAUAAAACCAUGAGACCAAAAAAAAAGAAACAAACAAACAAAAAAAAAACAACAACCAAUAGCCUAUCCAGGCUUGACGACACAAGAAUCACAACGAAAGGCUGAAGCCCACAAUGGUGUUUUUUUUUGUUUUGUUGUGCUUUUGUUUUUUGUUUUUGUUUUUAAAUCGGCUAUCCCUCCCAUGUGACAUUCAGUGCCAUAACUUUACUGUGUGAUCAAUACUGAGAUUACUUAAUUCACAGUAAUAGAAAAAAAAAACCAACAACAACAUGCAAUUCUAGAGAAAUGACAUGAUAUUAGGGCGAUGGGCCUAAAUGUAUACAAUUUAUUGCGAAUAUAUUAUUUUAUAUUAUCAAUGUGUGUGUUUUCCUCCACUAGCGUAUUAUUUAUGUAAUUUGAGUGGAUAAACGAGAAUCCAGGUAAUCAUAAGGCAAAUUGAUAAAAUUGGACUCGAAUGAUGCUACCUAUAGGAUGAGAGGGCUGCAACUUUUUACUAGAUUAUUUGAAAGGCAGUUUCACUCUCACCCUUGAACUGAAACAAAAAUCUACCUAAUCACAACUGUAUUCAUAUCACUGAAAAUUUGUAAUGCAUAUUUUGUACAAUUUGUGACAUUUUGCUUAAACUGAAUCGUUAGUUACUCAAUCAAAUGCUGAGAGGAUACAUUUUGAAAUCAUUUGACUUUACAUGACAUGGAGUGUACACGCGUAUUGUGCCCCUCUGUUAAGCAAACAGCCUACCUACCUAAACCAUGCGUUUGUACACGUAGGCCGCCUACCUGACGUACAGCUCCCCUCGAUUCAGGGGCAUCUAACUACCUACAGUAGGCCUUGCAACAAAAAACUUGACAGUAUCGACAUCUAUCGGCACUGACUUCGGAAACUUCCUAUGUGCCAGGUAGCCUAAAAAACAAUGGACGUUCAAAGCACUCAGAUAGAAAGGUCAAAGCUCGUCAAUGCAGAUUCAACUACCAAUAUGACUAGAGGUUGGCCAUAAUUUUCCUUUGGCGAAUGAAUGCAUUUAUGAAUUCUGAGUUGAAUUUCAUCGAUGUUAGGCACGAUUUGACGAGAUGUUUGACCGAUGCAUACUAUGAAGUUUUGAGAGGCCAUGCCAAUGUGUGUUAACAAGUUAUAAUAGGCUACAACGCAGUUAACUAUUCAAAAAUACAUUGAGUAUUAUUAAGUCCCCAACAACUUAAACUGCCUAAACAGACGCACUUUUGUGUGACAAUUGUUUUACCAGAUGAAGAACUGUAAUGUUGCUGAUCAAGCAUCAGUUAUUAUCAUAUUUCUGUGCUGGUGUUCUAGAAUAGAUUUUUAUUGCACUGAACAUGUAUGUCUUCGUAAACAUUGUGCCACAAAGGCUUAUGUUCUUAUGUUUCAGAGGGAAGUACGUUUUGUUUUCUGUAUGCACAUAUGUUGCUAAGUUGUACAAUAAAUG